UGUGCCAAAUAUGAUGUUUCAUUCGAAAAUGAGUUCUACACAGAAUCUGCGGAAAAAGAAGUGACACAGAAUGUACAAGGGCUUCAUGCACGACUCUUCUCUUUCUGAACAUACUCUAACAUCAAAUAUAACAACGUUGCAUUUAGGCCAGGAGGUCUCGGCGGUAAUGGAUCCCGGAUACGAAUACAUCGACAAAGAGAACACUUGGUUGCGCCUACAUAUCGCCCCUGCUGCUUGGCAGGAUGCCUUCCUCCGCUGCAAGACCGAAGGUGGUAUAUUAGCAUCCCCUUCGAACGCUGAGUUGUCAAAAGCGAUGCUAUCGAUGAUGACCACACACAAUGUGUUUUCUCUCGGUGCAUUCACGGGUAUACACGAUCUUAUCUCUGAGGGUGACUUCAUGUCCCUUGACGGCGUUCCAGUCACCCAUAUAGAGUUGGAUUGGGUUAAAGGGGAACCUAGCGACAAGAAUGCAGAAGAAAAUUGUGUGGUACUGACUGACUGGAUUGGGUGAAGUAACAGAUGAGCAAUGCACAAAAAGUACCCCUACUUCUGUCGUAAGGAAAAUGCCACGACGUUUGUCAACCAAAAGUGUAAUACUACUGCUGCUGGUUACGAAUAUAAGCAUAACACUGGGAGCUGCUACAAGUUCCACCGGGUCGCCCAAACCUGGCAUCGCGCUGCUAGAAUAUGUCAUGCAGAAGGGGGACAUCUGGCUAUUAUUAACAGCAAAAAGGAAUCGC